GAUGCCGGCAGCGCUCGACGCGCAGGCGGCGGUGGUUGAGAGAGCGGCGCUCGCGGGGCUGAAGGGGCUGAUGGGAGAGCACGCGGCGCAGGCAGCGCUGCGGCGCUGGAUGACGGCCUUCGCCGAGGUGUCCGCGGAAAUGGUGCAAAAGCUGGGCCCCUACAGCGCCGAGUGCUAUUGGCACUACCUGUACAAGUCGCCGCCUCCCGCUAAGUGCUGUUGGUUCCCCCCGGCGAUGGCCGCGGCGAGGACCGCGCCCGACGCGGCGGCGGCGGUGGCAGCGGCGAGCGCCGUCGUGGAGGGGAUCGAGGAGGGGAGGAAGCGCACGCGUGGUGCAAUCCAGGCGCGGAAGGAGGCGGCGUUGAGGGCGGAGGGGGAGCGCAAGAAGGAGGCGCGGCUUGCUGCUGCGAGCGCUGAGGUCGCUCGGCGCAAGGCGGACGCCGCCGCCGGCUUGCCCGAGCACGAGCAGCUGCAGUCGGCGGCGCUGAAGGAGGAGGAGGAGGCGGCGAUGGCAGCCGCACAGGCGGAUGCUGCGUCCGCCGCGGUGUGGCGGAGGAAGCAGGCGCGGGCGCUGCUCUUCGCCCGUCCGGACAAGUGGGGCGACGAGACGGUCGUCGGCGCUGCAAACGUCGUGCAAGGGGCGAUGAGGGCGAGGCUGGCGUCGACCGGCACGACCUCUGGCCACAUGCCGUGCAUGAAGCUGGAGUGGCUGCGCGACAUUAUUCGCGAGUGGAACGACGCACGCGGCGAGGUCGUCUUCACCGAGGCGAUGCUGCAGCAUCGCGUCUUUUGUCGGCUCGCGCGGACUUCCGCGUAUUGCUGCUUCAACCUCCGGGAGGCGGCCGCCCUCAUCUGCACCGGCCGGCUGACCCUGUGGAUUCGCGCGCGGCAGUUCCUCUUUGGACCCGAAGCCGAUGCCCGCGAGGCGGUGGCCAUCUUCGCCGCGCUCGGCGCCCAGUCGGCGUCGCUUUACGAGGUGCUCAAGUACUCAGGGCUCAGCUGCUCCGCUUGCUACGACGCCGUUCUCGACGUCGCCGCGGGCCUGGAGAAGGAGGGCGGCAAGUUCUGCCUGGAAAGGGCUAAGGAGCUGCUCGCUACGGCUGAGAAGAGCCCCGAGCUGACGGUGGGCAGCCCGCUCGAGCCCAGCCGGUUCGACGACUAGAGAUAGUCAGUGGCCUGGCUGCCGGGUACGCUCUACCCUCUACGUGGGAGUCUCACAUGCGCACAUGAUGUGGGCGGGUCGGCUAGGUGGGGAGUUCGUCUCUCGUGUUGGACAUUGCAUGCCUCUUCGCCGCCACCCACCCUCCCCCACCGUCCCCUUCUGUAGCGCGGAGGGGCGUAAAAGAAAAAAAGGUCUAAUUGAAAC